UUCAAAGACCCGUUACUCCUCUCCUUCCUCCUUCCACCACCAAAGGCCUUGUCACUUCCUCUCUAGUGUCUCCUACCUCGCCCACUGGAGAAAAAUUGCAACUGUUCUCCAAAGGGCUACAAGGAUCUCAUAGCAAGCAUGAACACGAGCGAGAUCACAAGUACCGCUGUGUGUGAGAUACAGGAGGUAAAGGAGGAGCCGAGAGCCUCUGAGCCCCGGGAAGCGGUGCCGCCGAGCCCGGGGAUGGCCGUGGAUGGCGACAAGGUGUACGUGGCAGUGGGGGAGAGUAGUUCAAGCAUGGAUGCACUCUUAUGGGCGUUGAGGCCUGAUGUCGCCAAGCCUCGCUCCGUCUGCCUUAUACAUGUCCACCCUGAGGUCCAUUAUAUUCCAACUCCAUUAGGAAUAUUUCCAAAGCACCAACUCAAUGACAGACAGGUGGAGAGGUUCACGCAGCAAGAGAAGACCAAGAUACAAGAAAUGUUGCAGAAGUACCUCAACUCAUGCCAAAGUUCUAAGGUGGAGGCAGAUACGCAUCUUAUUGAGAGUGAUCAGAUUGUAAAGGCUAUUGUUGGUCUUAUUCCAGUACUCAACAUUAAAAGGUUGAUCGUCGGUGCCACAAAAGCUAAUUUAAGAAGAGGGCGGAGAAACAGCAAAGCAGCACAAAUACAUAAAAAUGCACCUGACUACUGCGAAGUCGAGAUCAUAUGCGACGGGAGAGAAGUUAAACCUCCUUCGCCGAUAGCAUUAUCCUCACCACGUCCUGUUACUGCAGACAGACAGAACCACGCUGUUGGAAUGCACAUAUUGCUUAACAGAAGAGCACCAUUGAGACAGUGCAGGCCUCCGGCGACGUGGAGUCCAGAUCGAUGUGCUCAAUCUGGGUCGGGUGGUGACCGCCGGUAUGGAGGUGCAAAGAAAACGCCGAGGAGGAGGAUCAGACUUGCUUCCUACUGUCCUCAAUUUUUUGUUUACUAAGUUCUUUCUUUCAUCACUUGAAAAAACCUAUAAGACUUGCUUGAUAUUUUCUAGAGGGGCAUACAGUAGAACAAAAAAAAUUUAUACGUAGCAAGGACAGCGAUAAGCAAAUGAAGAUUUCGUUUCUCACAUCCUGUGAGAAAAUCUAAUUCCUGUUAUGAUGUAUACAUAAUAGUUAAUAUAUAAGUACCAUUGUGCU